AUGGGCGCUGCACCGCAUCACUCAGCGCUGCACCGCAUCACUCAGCGCUACACCGCAUCACUCAGCGCUGCACCGCAUCACUCAGCGCUGCACCGCAUCACUCAGCGCUGCGCCGCAUCACUCAGCACUUCGCCGCAUCACUCAGCGCUGCACCGCAUCACUCAGCGCUGCGCCGCAUCACUCAGCGUUGUGCCGCAUCACUCAGCGCUGCGCUGCAUCACUCAGCGCUGCACCGCAUCACUCAGCGCUGCACCGCAUCACUCAGCACUGCACCCCAUCACUCAGCGCUGCACCGCAUCACCCUGCGCCAUCAGCCUCUCUUGCAUCCCCCAUCCGUGCUCCCCCACGCAUCGCCGCACACCAGGGUGGAUCAGUGCAGACUACUCAGCGUUGGAGGGCAUCAACCUGGGGCACGCGCGGCGCUACUCGCUGCAGCAGCUGCACGACGCCACCCACGGCUUUUAUGACCAGCUCGUGCUGGGACAGGGCGGAUUCGGCAAGGUAUGGCUAGGGCAGGGCGGAUUCGGCAAGGUAUGGCUGGGGCAGGGCGGAUUCGGCAAGGCGUACGAGGGCGAUGCCGAUAAGCAAUGCAACACAGCGGCCCCAACCCCUUCCCGGUCCCCCUGUCUUUCCCAACCCCCCAGUCCCUCCCUCCCUGCGAACCAGGUGUACCUGGGGGUGCUGAGUGGUCAGAUGGUGUACAGAGGGGAGCUGAACGGUGAAGGGGUGGUGAUAAAGAAGGCGACGGAGAAGCACCGGCAUGACGGGGCGGACUUCAAGAACAAGAUCGAGCUGCUCACCGCCAUGUCUCACAGCAACCUCGUGCGCCUCACAGGCUUCUGUGUCGAGAAGGACGAGCAACUGCUCGUGUUUGAGUUCAUGGAGGGGGGGGUGCUGGACGCGUGGAUCAAAGGCAAGAUGGGUCGCAUGCUGAUGUGUCGGGAGCGGAUGCGCAUUGCGCUGAACGCAGCGAGUGCGCUGCACUACCUGCACCGCGAGAUGCGGCCUGCCAUUGUGCACCACGACAUCAAGCUGCCGAACAUCCUACUGACAGCAGUGCCGGAGGCGAAGAUGGCGGACUUCGGCAAGUCCAAGUCCAUGCCGGAGCGCGGAGAGCUCAUGCCCGAUGAGAUCGUGGGCAGCAAGGGCUACAUCGACCCCUACUUCGUGCAUUCAGGCGUGCUGAUGGAGAGCAGUGACGUGUACAGCUUCGGGGUGGUGCUGCUUCAGCUGGCCACAGGGCAGCUGCCACGCAUCCAGCACGUGCCCCUCAGCCAGGUCGUGCUGCACCUCAUCUUCGGCCCGCAGGGCCUUGCCUCCAUCAUCGACCCACACCUCCAUGAUGCCCUGCUCGCCAUAGCCGCCGCCGCCGCCGGUGAUGGCGCCGAUGCUGCUGCUGCUGAGGGUGUAGUUGCAGGCGGUGCGGGGGAGUGGGAGGAAGGGGCAGUGAGCGCAGGGGAGAUGGUAGCCGGGCUGGAGGAGACGUUCAGCACGUUCCUGCGCAUCGCGCUGUGGUGCACCACGGAGCACCCCACGCUGCGCCCCCACAUGGAGCAGGUCGUGUCGAUGAUGCGUCGGCGCUAUCGCCGCUCCCCUCCCUACGCCGCCCCGUCGCCACCCCUAGCGGCCCCAUCGCCACCUCUGCCGGCCCCGUCGCCCCUCUACCGAGCAGCCCAGCAGCUGAGCCGCCCAACAGCAGAGCCGCCGAGCCGCCCAGCAGCCGAGCCACCGAGCUGCCGGGCCGCCCAGCAACCGAGCCCCCGAGCCGCCCAACAGCCGAGCUGCCCGACAGCCGAGCCGCCGAGCCGCCAAGCCGCCCAGCAGCCGAUCCGCCGAGCCGCCCUGCCGUCGAGCCGCUACUGUUCCUACCGGCGCACCCCGGCCCUAUUUACUUGGACUGGUGAGAUCACUCCCUGCUACGCCACUACAGUCAUGGCUACCCCCAGUGUUCUUACCUUUGAUGCUGAGCGUCGUGCUGUUGACUUUGAAGUCUGGGUCGAUGACCUCCAGCUAUUCCUACACUGCGAUAGGGCAGACGGACUCUCCUUGUUGGAUCUCACCUCUAGUGCCUCCCUUGCCCCGCCUGCUACUGCUGACAUCACUGUUCGCUCACAGUGGGCCACACGCGAUACUGCUGCCCGUCUUGCUAUGCGUCGCCACUUACCGACCACUGAGCGUGCGCACUUUUGCCAAUACAAGAGUGCUAAGACCUUGUACAACGCUGUAGUUGCACGCUACUCUUCCCCUGCCACUGCUGCACUAAGCCACCUCAUGCUACCGUACCUCUUCCUUCACCUUGCUGCCUUUCCCACAGUCACUGACCUCAUUACGCACCUCCGCACAAGUGACACUCGCUAUCGCGCUGCGCUUCCUGCUGAGUUCUAUGCCAAGAACCCCCCCCCCAUGUACAUCACCCUCUACUACAUAGUCAUCCGGCUCCCUAACUCUCUCCGCGUAGUCAGGGACCACUUCCUCUCAGUUUGCCUCGCCACUCUCACCGUUGACCUCCUCGAAAAGGCCCUCCUAGCAAAAGAGAAGAGCAUAGUCACUGUAGGAGCCUCUCGUGGUGACCCUCGCACCCCCGUCUUUGAGGGGUGUUCCCCUCCCCCCCUCUUGCCCUCUAUUGCCUCUGCUUCUGCGGCCGACCUCGUUGGUUUCGAGUCGGUCGGCGCUGCGUCUGCCCCGAGCGGGAGACGCCGCACCGGCAAGGGCAAGGGGGGCAAGGGCACUGGAGGGGCUGGAGGGGGCGGUGGAGGUGGUGGUGGAGGCAGUGGAGGGAGUGGGGGUGGUGGUGGGAGUGGUGCCGGGGGUGGCGGCGGCGGCGACAGCAGUGGAGGAGGCGGAGGCGAUGGAGGUGGCGGAGGGAGCGGAGGCAGAGGAGGUGGCGGAGGAGGCGGAGGUGGAAGAGGCGGCAGAGGCGGCGGGGGCGGCGGCGGCGGUGGUGGAACGGGUCGCGACUCUGCGCAGAGGAGUGGCUCAGGUGGUGGUCCGCGCCAGCAGCAGCGGAGUGGUGUGACCUUGUCCCCUCAGCAGCUUCGUGAGUGGUACACUGCGCGUCAGCGCGGUGGGGGUUUUGGUCCCUUCGCUUACGUCCUCCGUACCGGCGACCGAGCUGGUGAGCAGUGCGAAGGCCCGCACUCCACCCAGCGCUGCUUUGGUUGCCUGACGAACGCGUGGCGUCGCCAGUUCCCUGAGGCGUCAGAGAUCCCUCGCUGGGGAGAUCUAUCUAAGGCCGGGGUUGCUAUCUUUGAUCUUGAUUUUGAUGCUAUUCUUGCUGCCAUGUAUGCUGUUGAUACUAGUGUUGCGGGUGACUGUUACCUAUGUGUACCGCCUUACCCGGGCAUUAAGGCCGCUGCUCUAGGUGCUGGUGAGGCUGCUGCUCUAGGUGCUAGUGCGUUUGCUGCCACAGGUGCCAGUGCGUCUGCUGCCCCAGGUGCUAGUGAGUCUGCUCUCUCAGGUACUACGUCGGCUCAGGCCUUCCACACCUUCACCCUUGACUCGGGUCCGUCCCGCUCCUUCUUUCGAGACCGCACCACUCUUACACCGCUCUAUCAGCCGGUUGCAGUCUCCCUGGCAGACCCCUUUCAGGGUCCUGUCCUUGCUAGCUUCUCCAUUGUCCUACCGUGCCCGACAGCCCCCUCUGGCAACCUGUCUGGUCUCUACCUCCCCUCGUUCUCUAUGAACAUGGUGUGUCCCAGGUAG